UAAUAAUAAUAAAAAAAAAAAAAAAACAGAGCCACUACCAUAAGUAAAACAUGAUCAAAAUAUUGCAAAAGUCAAAUUAAAAACAGAUAAACUAUCACUAACACUUAUUAUUUUUUUAUUUUUAUAAUAUAUCCUGUCUUUUUCGAAGAAUCCUAAAAAAGAAAAAGAAAAAACUGAAAAAAAAAGAAAAAGGAAAAAGAAAAAAGAAAAAAAUGAGGUCCUUAAAUUCGAUACAAUAAAAUCAUCAGUUGUCAGUAGCAAAAGAACAGUGAGGACCCAAAUCAAUGCUGAUACACAAAAUGAUAUUCAAUCUUUUCAAUUGAAAUAUCAAAAUCAAAAUCUUUUCUUUCUUUCUUUCAAAAAUCUCUCACAUUUACUCAUUUUAUCUCACUUCCCUCGUUAAAAUCAUCACCCCCAAAACCCAUUUUCACAUUCUUACAAUUGAGAAAGAGGAGAGAGAAAAUGGAGAUUCCGGCGCCGGAAGACGGCGAAAGAUGCCGGAGAACGGGUACCCCUAAUUGGAGGUGCCGUGAAAGAGCUAUUCCUGGAAGAUCUUAUUGUCAGAAGCACUAUAUUCUCAGCGUUUCCCGGCAACUUCGCCGGAAAAGUUUUCCGUUAGAAGGGAGGAAGGGAAUCUCCGGCGAGAAUCACCGCCGGAGAAGUUUUCCGGGAGGAGAGAGAAUGAGUAAUGGAGAUUCUGUGUCCGCUUCUUUAUCUGCUGUUGAGCCGUAUCGACCGGUUAUUGAUUUUGAUUUUCAGGGGGAUUCGAGUCGGAGUGAACCGGGUUUUGGUAGAAAUGACGGUAUUGCCCUUGGUGAAGUGUGUGUAGGAAGUUACUUAAACACCCUUGGAAGAGGUGGUGGUGAGGGUAGUUUUGGGUCUCAAUUUAUGCCGGGUUGGACCGGUGGUGAAGCGAGUUUACCGAGGAUCGAUAUGAAAGACGGAAAUGACAAUGUUAUCCUUAGUGAAUUGGGUGGGAUGGGUUAUAAGGAAAGGGGGUUUGAACCGGUGUUUAAUGGUGGCUCAACUGGAAAUGACAAUAUUACCCUCUGUGAACCGAGGAUCGGUUCAGAGGUUAGAAUUGUAUUUGGGGCCGGAAAUGACGAUAUUAUCCUUAGUAAAUUGGGUGAGAUGGAUAUUAAGGAAGUGGGAGGGAGGGAGGCUGAACCGGUAUUUAAUGGCGGCGCUGUUGGAAAUGACUAUUUUGCCCUUGGUGAACCGAGGGUUGAUUCGAAUGAGGGAGAUGUAGUCGGAAGCCGAAAAGACAAUAUUGUCCUUGGUGACUUAAGUACGGGGUUUAAGGAAACGGUUGAGAGGGUAGCUGAACCGGCAUUGAAUGGUGGUUUUGAGGGAAAUUACUAUAUUACCCUUGAUGAAUCGGGUGGCGGAAUUCGUGGAUUGGGGGUUCAAAAUGACUUUAUAGCUUCUGUUUGUAGUGAUGAGAAGAGUAAUAAACAGGAAAUUCUGUUUAGUGAAGUGUUCGAAGAGAGAAAGAUUGAAAAAAUUGCAGGAAAAAAAAAUGGCAGAGAAUUUUCAUGGAAUUGAUGAAAUUGGAGGCAAAGAAAUGGUGGGUCAGGGGCAAAAAAGGAAAAGGGGUCGACCCAAAGGGUCUAAGAACAAGAACAAGAAAAUGGUGGUUGAAAACCAAGAACAAUUAAGGGAUGAUCAAAUUGUUGAUCAAAAUGAUGGUAAGAAAUUUGAUGAAAUGGGUGUGAAUUUUGGUGGAAAUGAUGAUAUUGGGAAGAGGGUUAGGCAAUUGUUUGAGUCUGAUAGUGAAGAAGAUGAUCAGAACAGAAUUCAGGGUUUUGAAGAAGGAACUGAUGAGGGUUUGGGUGAUGAAGAAGUGCCUAGUGUUAGAGAGGAGGUGAUCAUGCCUAAGAGGAAGCGAGGGCGGCCAAAGGGUGUGAAGAAUAAGCCGAAAAUGGGGAAGAAUGGUGGAGUGGUGGUUAGUGGGGAAGGAAUUGAUGAUGGGGGUUGUGCAUUGGUGAGUUUGAAAGGUUCGAAAAGGCGGAAAAAGAAUGUGAUUCAGGAUUUUCCGGGGGAGGAGGUUGGAGGGAAAGUGGAAGAGACGGUGGUGAAGCGAGGCCGGGUUAAGGGGUUGAAGUUGAGAAGGAAGAAGGUGAUUGUGGUUGCUAAGGUGGAGGAAGAGGGAUUGGAGAAGAAGGUUGAGAGGCGUGAGCGUUCUAGAGGGUCGAAAAAUGAGGAAGAGGAGGUGGUUAUGGUUGCUGAGGUGGUGGAAGAGGAAGGGGAGAAGGUAGUGAAGCGUGGGCGGGGGCGGCCUAAGGGUUCCACAAAGAAGAAGAGGAAGAUUGGUAGGAGGGGAAGGGUUUGUGGAGAAGGAGGUGCAGAACAGGUGAGUGAGGCAGGUGGUGAAGUAUUGCAGGUUGUGAGAAAUGAGCCUGCUGGUUGUGAAGAAAGUGCAGAACAAGUGGGUGAGGCAGGUGGUGAAGCUGUGCAGGUUGUGAGGAAUGAGCCUGCUGAUCAUGUUGGUUCAAGAGUACGCCGGAGAAAGAAGAAGCGUGGACGGCCUAGAGGUUUGAAAAACAAAAGGGUAAUUCUUGUUGAUGGAGUGCUUCCCAAAGUUAUUAGCUCACUACCUGGAGGAAGAGGCUUGGUUGUGCAAAAGGACAUGGGACUUGUGGACUUACCGCGACAUUGUGGAAUUGAAAAGGUGGAUGGUGCUGAAAUGCUACUUGAAUCAGCAAUUGGAGAGCAGAAACCUCAGAUAAAGGCCUCUAACUACCAGUUGAGAGCGAGAAAUAUGCCUGAGGUUGUCGCUGGUUCUAGAAGAAGAGAGCCCAGUUCAAGGUGUCACCAGUGCAGAUGCGAAAAGAAUGAUAUCAUUGCUUGCUCAUUCUGCAAAAAGAGACGUUAUUGUUUCCCAUGCCUUAAAAAGUGGUAUCCUGAAAGAACAAAGGAGGAAGUACGGGAGGCGUGCCCUUUUUGUCGCGGGAAUUGCAAUUGCAAAAUAUGCCUCCAGGAGAAGCUAGUUAUGAAGGACAGACAGAAAGACAUUGAUAGAAAGGUCAAGUUAGAUAGGCUUUUGUACUUGAUGUGCAAAAUCAACCCCAUUCUAAAAAGCAUACAAGAGGAGCAGAGAGCUGAGCUGGAAGUGGAAGCUAGAAUACUUGGCAAACCAAUUAAAGAAGAGGAUAUAAUGAAGACUAGAUUUGAUCAAGAUGAUCGGAUAUACUGUGAUAAUUGCAACACAUCCAUUGUAAAUUUCCACAGAAGCUGCCCCAAUUCUGUUUGCUCUUAUGAUCUCUGUAUAUCCUGUUGUCAAGAAUUGAGAUCAGGUUUAAGGGCUGAUGACCUUGAAGCUGGAUCUUCAUGUCAAUCUACAGGAGGUUCCUUGAAUCAUGAUAUAACGGGAAACAGCCAGAAACAUGAUGCUGAUAAGAUGGGGGACAGUGAAGUGUUUGCUGUUGGCAAUUAUUUACCCCCUACAGGUUGUGGGAGCAUGAACAUAAAUGAUAGUAUUCUUUGUCCUCAGAAAGGACAUGGUGGUUGUGGACUUCACGUACUUGAACUGAGACGUGUCCUUGAACUUAAUUGGGUGGACACAGUGAUUGAAAGCAUUGAUAAGGUCACUAUUGAUUAUUAUGUGCCAGAGACAGAUUCUAGUCAGGAAUGUCUCAUCUGCCUCCCCACUGCUUCAGAUGCUCAAAGUACUACCUCUGAAAGAAGAAAGGCAGCUUCAAGGCUGAAUAUCCGUGAUAACUUUCUAUACUGUCCGAGUGUUUCAAGUAUGAAUGAACUUAAUAUUGAUCAUUUUCAAAGGCAUUGGACACGAGGUGAACCUGUGAUUGUUAGAGAUGUAUUGAAAGAAGGAUCUGGUCUGAGUUGGGAGCCAAUGGUGAUGUGGAGGGCUUUCAGAGGAGCCAAAAAGAUAAUGAAGGAGGAUACACUUAAUGUUAAGGCCAUUGAUUGUUUGGACUGGUGUGAGGUAGAGAUUGAUAUCUAUCACUUUUUCAAGGGCUAUUUGCAUGGUCGGAAUCAUAGUAAUGGUUGGCCAGAAAUUUUAAAACUGAAGGAUUGGCCUGCUUCAAAUUCAUUUGAAGAAUGCUUGCCAAGGCACUUUGCUGAAUAUAUCAUGAUGCUUCCAUAUAGCGACUACACUCAUCCUGAAUGUGGUAUCCUCAAUCUUGUUACCAAACUUCCAGAUGGCGUGCCAAAGCCAGAUUUGGGACCAAAAACAUACAUUGCAUAUGGUUAUGAAGAAGAGCUUGGUAGAGGUGAUUCUAUGACAAAACUGCACUGUGAUAUAUCUGAUGCGGUUAAUGUGUUGAUGCACACAACAAAGGUUGAUGUUAGCUCAUUUCAGCAGCAGGUCAUACACAAGUUGCAAAAGACUUAUGAAACUGAAGGUUCCGUAACUGUAGAUAAAAGUGACACUGAAACUAAAGAAAAUUUAGAUGUUGCCGUCAACUUUUCUGAUGCCAAACCUUGUACUGAUGGAGCUGGUGCUGAAAGCACACUCAGCCAUUUUUCAGAGACAUCAGUGUCUUCAGAUAAAUGUGACAAUGAAACGAAAGAAAACUCUGGUGCUGGCCUGAACUGCUCUGCUGCCAAUGAGUUUCCCUCUGUUGAUGGAGAUGGCUCUGUAAGCACCAUCUGCCAUUUUCCAGAAACAUCAGUAUCUGCGGAUAAACAUGACAGUGAAACUAAUGAAAACUCUGAUGCUAUCCUGAACCAUUCUGCUGCUAAAGAGUUUCCCUCUGUUGAUGGACCUGGUGCUGUAAGAAGUGCUAAUAAUUCUUUGGAGGCUUCAUGCUCUGGUGGAGAGCAUGAUUUAUUGUCUAAAAACCCUGAUUUUGAUGAAAAUAAAGUCAGUGAAGGUGCUAUCUGGGAUAUUUUUAGAAGAGAAGAUGUCCCAAAACUUCUUGAUUAUCUAAAAAGGCAUCAGCGAGAAUUUAACCACAUUAACAAUCUUCCUGUGAAAUCAGCUGUCCAUCCUAUUCAUGACCAGACUUUCUAUAUGACUGAAAUCCAUAAGAAACAGCUGAAAGACGAGUUUGGUGUGGAACCUUGGACAUUUGAACAACACUUGGGUGAGGCUGUUUUUAUACCUGCUGGAUGUCCCCAUCAAGUGAGAAAUAGAUUAUCUUGCAUUAAAGUGGCCCUUGACUUUGUAUCCCCGGAGAAUGUUCAAGAAUGCAUUCGAUUGACAGAUGAGUUUCGCUUGCUCCCCAAAAACCACAGAUCUAAAGAGGACAAAUUGGAGGUGAAAAAGAUGGCGCUGUACGCAGCAAGUUCUGCUCUGAGCGAUUUCAGAAAACUGACUACAGAUUUUGAAUGAUCAUGGGGAGUAAAUUGAAUAAACUGAGCCACUGCUUGCUCUAACCAAUAAUAUCAUUUCAUUCUUGUAUAAUUUGUUCUUGUAUUGAUUUGGAAAUUAGCAUAUGUUUUUGUUACAGCUGAAUGAGGAAUAAUGUCUCAACUAAGAUGCAAUUGUUUGUGCAAUUUGCUUUUAUUGAGUCAUUGCUGAUUAAAACCUUGGGAACCAGAAUUUCGUGAGAAUUGCAUUACUGGAAUACGCAGUUCGUGAUUAUGUUGUAUACUUGUAUGUACUUUGGUUUUUAACUUUAAUACGAGCAAUAUAACUAUGCC